CGCGCCCUCGUCCUCCUCCGCACCCGCCCCGACCGCCUCGUCCUCCUCCUCCGUCCCCGCAGCACCAGGCGCGUCCCUCGACCCGACCGCGUCCGACCUCGUCGACGCCCUGCGCGCCCAGCUGUCGGACGCCCAGGCCGCCAACGACCAGCUGCGCAAGAUUGUGCGCUCGCGCCUCGGCGGCGUCAUGGGCCUCGACGAGGCGGCCCAGGACCACGGUGCGACGGUCGUCGUCGAGGACGGCAAGGGCAAGGCCAAGGAGCGAGAUGGCGCCGCCGACGAGGGCGACGGCAACAAGGACGGCGAGGCGGUGCACAAGGACGACGACCACUACUUCGAGUCGUACCAGUACAACGACAUCCACGAGGUCAUGCUCAAGGACCGCGUCCGCACGCUCGCGUACCGCUCCUUCAUCGUCGACCCGGCCAACCGCGCGCGGUUCGAGAACAAGGUCGUGCUCGACGUCGGGUGCGGGACCGGGAUCCUGUCCAUGUUUGCGGCCCAGGCCGGCGCCCGCAAGGUGUACGCCGUCGACGCGAGCAACGUCGCGUACAAGGCCGUGCGCAACGUCAAGGCCAACGGGUUCGAGCGCACGAUCGAGGUCAUCAAGGGCAAGGUCGAGGAGAUCCACAUCCCGGAGAAGGUCGACGUCAUCAUCUCGGAAUGGAUGGGCUACUGCCUGCUGUACGAGUGCAUGCUCGACUCGGUCCUGUACGCGCGCGACAAGUACCUCCAGCCGGACGGCCUCAUGGUGCCCUCGCAGACGUCGAUCCUCGUGUCGGCCUUUGCCGGCGCCCCGUGGUACGCCGACCGCGUCGCGUUCUGGGACAGCGUGUACGGGUUCGACAUGCGAGCCAUGAAGGACAAGAUCGAGGACGAGGCCAUCAUCGAGGUGGUCGACCAGGGCGAGGUCGUCAGCGACGAGGUGUCGAUCGCUGACAUCUACACGCAAACGGCGACGGCCGCCUCGCUGUCCUUCUCGUCCCCCUUCAUCCUCCCCAUCACGCGCCUCCCCUCCUCCUCGCCCUCGCCCUCCUCCCCCUCCAUGACCCUCCACGCCCUCGUCGCCCACUUCGACACCUUCUUCACCCCCUCCCCUCGCCUCCUCUCGCCCCCAGCACGCGCCGCGUCGGCCUCGGAGCCCGGCGAGCACUUUUUCACCACGGGCGCGUGGGACACGCCGACGCACUGGAAGCAGACGCUCCUCGUCCUGCGCGACCCGAUCACGGGCGUCGAGGUUGGCGACCGGCUCGAGGGCACGAUCAGGUUCGACAAGAACCCGGACAACUCGAGGGAGCUCGUCGUCGAGGCGAGCUGGGAGGUGCUCGGAAGGGACGGGGCCAAGAAGGGCGUCGGGGCCCAGGCGUGGAAGGUCAGGUAGAGUGUGUGUGUCGGAUCGUGCAACGUAGAGAGCGGUUGUCGAUGCU